AUGUCCCACCUCCAAUACUUCAGCUACAAAGGCUUCGGCGAGCAUAUGCGUGAAGUCUUAUCAUAUAGCCAGGCGGUACGUAUUGGCGAUCGCAUUGAAAUCUCCGGCCAAGGAGGUUGGGAUCCAAGUACUCGCAAAGUCCACACGGACUUAGGGGAAGAAAUCAACCAAGCAUUCGCCAACGUAGAGCUAGCGCUCAAAGAUGCUGGUGGGAGGGGCUGGUCCCAGGUCUAUCGAGUUCGAAUUUUCAUCGUACAGACCAAUGAUGAAGUCAUUGCCUUGCUUGUGCAGAAUCUUCAAAAGUGGAUGCCAGAUCACAAGCCUGUGUUGACGUGUGUUGGAGUGAACCAGCUAGCUUUGGAGGGGAUGAGGAUUGAGAUCGAAGCGUUUGCGCACGAUGGUUGA